GUGCUAUGAGCUGCGUGUGGCCCUAGCAGUUUUGGCUGCCCACCGAGCGAGCGUGCGACUGUCGCCGCCGCUGCUGCGCUGCCGUCUCCUGCUCUGCUCAGCUCGGUGGAGUGGUGGGGCGCUCGGCUACUCCGCCCUGUUCCGUUUCGGCUCCACCCCGUCGCGGCGUCGCCUCCUCCCCGCAAAUCUGCCAAUUCCACCCUCUCUCUCGCGCGCGCGGACGCCUGAUUCGCCGGUCCAUCCAUCCAUCCACCCGCCGCCGCGGCUGGUUCCGGUCGGGGAAGGUGGCGUAUUUUGCGCGGGAAAAGGUUGCGGCUUUUUUUUUUUCUGGCGGGCGGCUCGGCGGGGAUCGCGCUUGCGGCGCCGGGGGGCGGUUGUUUCCGGCUGAUUUGGCUGCAGGUGGAUUGAUUGGUUGGCUGGCUUGGUGGGGAUGGGACUGGGAGGAGGUGGCGUGGGGAUCGGAGCCGGCUGGAGUGUUUGGGGUGCUUGAGUGGUGAGAGCUAUACUGGGGCGGUGAGGCUGGGUGAUUAAGGUUUGGGUUCGUGAGGCGGCGGGGUGCGAAAUGGGGGGCCUUUGCUCGAAGGGAUCGGCGGUGGACAAGUCGCCCAGCGACACCACGCUCGGCCCCGACCGGGUAGUCGUCCGUGGCCACGAGCGUGGCGCGGUGAAGGAGGAGAGGAAGACGGUUGCGAAGGAGGCUGCUGCCAAGACGAUCCAGGAGGAGGAGCAGCAGCAGCAACGGCAGCAGCCUGCAUCAUCGGUCCCGGAAACCCGGGCCUCUGGAUUUGCCAUUGAUGCCGGGGAGAUGCCGUGGGAUGGUGUGCCGCAACUGGCACGGCUGCCGUCGCAGAAGUCCGGGAUGGGCGUGGCGAAGGCCAGCGCUGCCAAGGUCUCAGAAGUAAGCUCAAUUUUGGGGAGGGCUAGUACUGUUGGGCUUGUGAAAGCAGUGGAAGUGCUAGACACACUUGGUAGUAGCAUGACAAAUUUGAAUAUAAAUAGUGGCUUUGGAUCAGGAACUACAACAAAGGGCAACAAAAUAACUAUUUUAGCAUUUGAGGUUGCUAAUACAAUAGUCAAAGGUUGCAAUUUGAUGCGGGCUCUUUCAAAAGAGAGCAUAAAGCAUUUAAAAGAAGUGGUGCUUCAUUCAGAAGGUGUUCAAAAUCUUAUAUCCAAAGAUAUGGAUGAAUUACUCAAGAUUUCUGCUGCUGACAAAAGGGAAGAGUUGAAAGUGUUUGCUAUAGAAGUUGUCCGCUUUGGAAAUCGUUGCAAGGAUCCUCAGUGGCAUAACUUGGAUCGCUACUUUGACAAGUUUUCAUCAGAACGGACACCUCAACAUCACUUGAAAGAAGAGGCAGAAUCAGUGAUGCAGCAAUUGGUGACUUCUGUUCAGUGCACAGCUGAACUAUACCAUGAAAUGCAUGCGCUGGAUAGAUUUGAACAAGAUUAUCAACGCAAACAGCAGGAAGAGGAUGGGUCAAGUGUACCCCAAAGAGGCGAAAACCUGAACAUACUAAAGCAGGAAGUGAAAAGCCAGCGCAAGCAUGUCAAAAGCUUGCAGAAAAAGUCUCUCUGGUCGAAGAAUUUAGAAGAGGUCAUGGAAAAGCUUGUAGAUAUUGUGCAUUUCUUACAUUUGGAGAUCUAUACUGCCUUUGGGCGUUCAGACAAUGAAGAAUCACAAGAACCUACCAAACGACGUAAUAGAUUGGGUCCCGCAGGCCUUGCACUGCAUUAUGCCAAUAUCAUCAGUCAGAUCGAUACUCUUGUUUCUCGAUCUAGUUCUGUUCCUCCAAACACAAGAGAUACAUUAUACCAAAGUUUGCCACCAAGUGUAAAAUCUUCCCUCCGUUCUAAGGUGAACUCAUUCGUGGUAAAUGAAGAGCUUACUGCUGCUCAAAUCAAGGCUGAAAUGGAGAAGACUUUGCGGUGGCUUGUCCCAAUUGCAAAUAAUACCACCAAGGCUCACCACGGUUUUGGUUGGGUUGGGGAGUGGGCAAAUACAGGGUCAGAUGUGAACUGCAAACCAACUGGGCAGAUGGACCUGACCCGAAUUGAGACACUGUACCAUGCCGACAAAGACAAGACCGAAGCGCAUAUCCUUGAGCUUGUUGCAUGGCUCCAUCAUCUUAUUAGUCGAUCUAAAUCUGCUAACGGUGAGCGGUCUCCCAUCAAAUCUCCUGUUCGAUCUCCUACACAAAGGGGCCAUAGAAUCACAUUAUCUCCAAACAAAGCCAGCGGCAAUUCAUCACCUCUCCUCACACAAGAAGAUCAAGAUAUGCUAAGGGAUGUCAAGUACAGGAAAUUCAUCCCUGGUAUUAGCAAAAGCCAAGAGUUCGACACUAAGUCCAGACAUAGCAAGCAAAGCAGGUUGAGCAAAAGUAGUAGUCACUCACCAAGCAGUGGCAACAUGAAAGAGUUGCUAUCGAUCAGGAGGUUGCUUCCUGUCAUCGACUUUGAGAUUGAUAGGUCGAAAGCUAUGGAUGUGAUUGAUAGAGUUGAUAAUCUAAAAAGCACAGUAAGGACUCAAAAUUAAAUGGUGCCCAAACAGAAAGUAUCGCUGUGAAAUGUGAUCUUGAAAAUACAGGUUGCCUGAGGGAUACAAGAAAUCAAACGGAAUUGACAUGCGAGUGCAGGUGUGUCAUGGUCAUUGGGUCCCAAUUUGGGUGUUACCAGGAAGAGAUGAGGUGGGUGAUCAUAUUCUGAUGGUUAACUAUGUAUGAUAUGAUCCAGUGAAAAGGGGAAGGGGAGAUCUUUUGUAAAAAGAAAUUCGUUGUGUUUGUUAGCUCUUGUACAAGAAAUGCAAGUUUUGAAGAAGGGGAAAAAGAGAAAGGGAUAUCGAUAUAUCAAAAAGCCUCAACUUGUUUCCCAAAUGCAACAAUUGACAGGCUCUACAAGUUUACAACAUGUUUGGUUUCCUACCAAUUUUAACAUUCCACGAUUUUGAUGAGGCAAAAACAAGCUGCAGAUGUAUCUAAAGUGCCCAAACUUGGUAAAGUUAGAACUUAUAAUUAACCGCGUCCGUAACUAACACACAAAAUAAAUGGUAGAGCAGUAAACAAAAAGGGCUAGAAGACCUCUAUCAUAAAAGAAAAGGAGUAGAUUACGGUUUGGCAGACAUUUUAUUGUCAAA